CCGCCUCUGUCGUGGGAUUCGGGAGUGGAGCUCCUGCAGAGCUGGUGGUCCCAGGCGCAGGUGGCCGCGAGGAUGGUUUGGGCUGCGGGUGGCGCGCGCGCCCAGCGGCCGGGGCUCCCCUCUGCGUGGCCGCAGCCCUUGCGCCUCCCCGGGGGGCCGCCCCAUAGGCGCCGCUGAGGCCAAGGACACAGUGCGCCUUCUUAAAACGGGAUCAUGACGGUCCCCAAGGAGAUGCCCGAGAAGUGGGCCCGGGCCGGGGCGCCUCCAUCUUGGAGCCAGAAGAAGCCCUCUUGGGGGACAGAAGAAGAGCGGAGGGCGCGGGCCAAUGACCGCGAAUACAAUGAGAAAUUCCAGUAUGCGAGUAACUGCAUCAAGACCUCCAAGUACAAUAUUCUCACCUUCCUGCCUGUCAACCUCUUCGAGCAGUUCCAGGAAGUUGCCAACACCUACUUCCUAUUCCUUCUCAUCCUACAGCUGAUCCCCCAGAUCUCCUCCCUGUCCUGGUUCACCACCAUUGUGCCUUUGGUUCUUGUCCUCACCAUCACAGCUGUUAAAGAUGCCACUGAUGACUAUUUCCGCCACAAGAGUGAUAACCAGGUGAAUAACCGUCAUUCUCAGGUGCUGAUCAAUGGAGUCCUCCAGCAAGAGCAAUGGAUGAAUGUCUGUGUCGGUGAUAUUAUCAAGCUAGAAAACAACCAGUUUGUGGCGGCGGACCUCCUCCUCCUCUCCAGCAGCGAGCCCCAUGGGUUGUGCUACAUCGAGACCGCGGAGCUGGAUGGAGAGACCAAUAUGAAAGUACGCCAGGCGAUUCCAGUCACCUCUGAGCUGGGGGACAUCAGUAAGCUGGCCAAGUUUGAUGGUGAAGUAAUCUGUGAACCUCCCAACAACAAGCUGGACAAAUUCAGUGGAACACUGUACUGGAAGGAAAACAAAUUCCCCCUGAGCAACCAGAACAUGCUGCUGCGCGGCUGUGUGCUGAGAAACACCGAGUGGUGCUUCGGGCUGGUCAUCUUCGCAGGUCCUGACACCAAGCUGAUGCAGAACAGUGGCAGGACGAAGUUCAAGAGAACGAGUAUUGACCGUCUGAUGAACACACUGGUCCUCUGGAUUUUCGGAUUCCUGGUCUGUAUGGGAGUGAUCCUGGCCAUUGGCAAUGCCAUCUGGGAACACGAGGUUGGGACGCGCUUCCAGGUGUACCUGCCCUGGGACGAGGCGGUGGACAGUGCCUUCUUCUCUGGCUUCCUCUCCUUCUGGUCCUAUAUCAUCAUUCUCAACACCGUUGUGCCCAUUUCACUCUAUGUCAGUGUGGAAGUCAUCCGUCUGGGCCACAGCUAUUUCAUCAACUGGGACAAGAAGAUGUUCUGCAUGAAGAAGCGGACGCCCGCAGAGGCCCGUACCACCACUCUGAACGAAGAGCUGGGCCAGGUGGAGUACAUCUUCUCUGAUAAGACGGGCACCCUCACCCAGAACAUCAUGGUGUUCAACAAGUGCUCCAUCAACGGGCACAGCUAUGGUGACGUGUUUGAUGUCUUGGGACACAAAGCUGAACUGGGAGAGAGACCAGCGCCUGUUGACUUCUCCUUUAAUCCUCUGGCUGACAAGAAAUUCUUGUUUUGGGAUCCAAGCCUCUUGGAGGCUGUCAAAAUGGGGGACCCACAUACACAUGAGUUCUUCCGUCUCCUCUCCCUGUGCCAUACUGUCAUGUCAGAAGAGAAGAACGAAGGAGAGCUGUACUACAAAGCUCAGUCUCCGGAUGAGGGGGCUCUGGUCACCGCAGCCAGGAACUUUGGUUUUGUGUUCCGUUCUCGUACCCCUAAAACAAUCACUGUCCAUGAGCUCGGUACAGCCAUCACCUACCAGCUGCUGGCCAUCCUGGACUUCAACAACAUUCGCAAGCGGAUGUCGGUCAUAGUGCGGAAUCCAGAGGGGAAGAUCCGACUCUACUGCAAAGGGGCGGACACCAUCCUGCUAGAGAGACUCCACCCUUCCACACAGGAGCUGCUCAUCAGCACCACUGACCACCUGAAUGAGUAUGCAGGGGACGGACUGAGGACCCUGGUGCUGGCCUACAAAGACCUGGAGGAAGACUACUAUGAGGAAUGGGCCAGGAGGCGCCUACAGGCCAGCCUGGCCCAAGACAGCCGAGAGGACCGGCUGGCCAGCAUCUAUGAAGAGGUUGAGAGUGACAUGAUGCUGCUGGGUGCCACGGCCAUCGAGGACAAACUUCAGCAGGGAGUCCCGGAGACCAUCGCCCUCCUGACUCUGGCCAACAUUAAGAUUUGGGUCCUCACUGGAGAUAAGCAAGAGACCGCUGUGAACAUUGGCUACUCCUGCAAGAUGCUGACCGAUGACAUGACAGAGGUGUUCAUAGUCACAGGCCACACUGUGCUGGAGGUGCGAGAGGAGCUGAGGAAAGCCCGGGAGAAGAUGGUGGACGCGUCCCACACGGUGGGCAAUGGCUUCACCUACCAGGGGAAACUCUCUUCUUCCAAGCUCACUUCUGUCCUGGAGGCUGUUGCUGGGGAGUACGCCCUGGUCAUCAACGGGCACAGCCUGGCCCAUGCCUUGGAGGCUGACAUGGAGCUAGAGUUUCUGGAGACAGCAUGUGCUUGCAAAGCUGUCAUCUGCUGCCGGGUGACGCCCUUGCAGAAGGCACAGGUGGUGGAACUGGUUAAGAAGUACAAGAAGGCCGUGACACUCGCCAUUGGGGACGGUGCCAAUGAUGUCAGCAUGAUUAAAACUGCUCACAUUGGUGUGGGCAUCAGCGGGCAGGAAGGGAUCCAGGCCGUCCUGGCGUCCGAUUAUUCCUUUUCACAGUUCAAGUUCCUGCAGCGCCUCCUGCUGGUGCACGGGCGCUGGUCCUAUCUGCGCAUGUGCAAGUUCCUCUGCUAUUUCUUCUAUAAGAACUUUGCGUUCACCAUGGUCCACUUCUGGUUUGGCUUCUUCUGUGGCUUCUCGGCCCAGACCGUGUAUGACCAGUAUUUCAUCACCCUGUAUAACAUCGUGUACACUUCGCUCCCAGUCCUGGCCAUGGGGGUCUUUGACCAGGAUGUCCCGGAGCAGCGAAGCAUGGAGUACCCUAAACUGUACGAGCCAGGCCAGUUGAACCUCCUGUUCAACAAGCGAGAGUUCUUCAUCUGCAUUGCCCAGGGCAUCUACACCUCUGUGCUCAUGUUCUUCAUUCCCUAUGGGGUGUUUGCAGAGGCCACUCGGGACGACGGCACCCAGCUGGCAGACUACCAGUCCUUUGCAGUCACUGUGGCCACAUCGCUGGUCAUUGUGGUCAGUGUGCAGAUCGGGCUGGACACAGGCUAUUGGACAGCCAUCAACCACUUCUUCAUCUGGGGCAGCCUCGCUGUUUACUUUGCCAUCCUCUUUGCCAUGCACAGCAAUGGGCUCUUUGACAUGUUUCCAAACCAGUUCCGGUUUGUGGGGAAUGCCCAGAACACCCUGGCCCAGCCCACCGUGUGGCUCACCAUCGUGCUGACCACGGCUGUCUGCAUCAUGCCUGUGGUCGCCUUCCGCUUCCUCAGGCUUAGCCUGAAGCCGGAUCUCUCUGACACGGUCCGCUACACCCAGCUGGUAAGGAAGAAGCAGAAGGCCCAGCACCGCUGCAUGCGGCGAGUGGGCCGCUCCGGCUCGCGGCGCUCCGGCUACGCCUUCUCCCACCAGGAAGGCUUUGGGGAGCUCAUUAUGUCCGGCAAGAACAUGCGCCUGAGCUCCCUGGCCCUCUCCAGCUUUAGCACGCGCUCCAGCUCCAGCUGGAUCGAGAGCCUGCGCCGGAAGAAGAGCGACAGCACCAGCAGCCCGGGGGGCGGGGCCGAGAAGCCCCUCAAGGGCUGAAGACCCCGGCCUGGGACCCCCUGUGUCGGGGACCCGAGCUCACCGGGCCGGUGUCUGGGAACGGCUGGUCCUCCUCCUCCCUGCAGCCCGCCUCCUCUGCCUGACGGACUGCCCUGCGGGUCUCACCAGUUUAUCCAAGUGGAGGGACCCCGGGGGCAGAGCAGGGGUUCGGGCCUUGGAUAGCGGCCGCCGUGAGGGACCAGCUGUGGAACCAAAAAACAUGAAAAACUUAAAGAGAUUGGGUCCACCCCUGUCCUGCGUGGGGUCCACAGGGAGACUGAAAUCUCCAUAUUUUUUUACUCCUGUUCCCCCAGAGGGGCCCUUGUGCCCCUGUUCCUGAAUUACACAAGAAUGUAUCACGCCGGGAAGCCAGAGACCUGCUGGGCCUCCGAGCCCCUCACGCCAUUCGUGUGUCCUCUUGGUUUGUGUUUGUGUCGUUUGGUUCUUGUCUUUUUUUUUAUUUGGUAAGUGGAGGAGGCCUUCAUGUGACUUUAUGUUAUGGUUAAUGUCUCGACUCUUCUGGGAAGAGGAGACUGGCACACACUGGGAUGCCCUACCUGGUGGGGUGGCUUGGCAGGGGCCGCAGCUCAUGGGUCACCUUUAGGGUGCCAUUGUCCUUGUGGGAUACAGGAGCUACCAGAUAGGGAAGAACUGUCAGCCAGAGGAGGAUGUCGGGAGAAUGGAAAGGAAGAGUGUCCUGGCUCCUUCCUCCCCUGUGCUGUGGCCUCCCCGGGGCACGUGUGAGUUCUUGGAUUACCUAAGUCCUGCUGGUGCUGGGCUGCAGCCCAGAGAGUGGCCCCCUCGUUCUCAGUGAGCUAAAGCUGAGUAUGAAAUGUAGUACUGAGGCGGGGGAAGUAGUUUUCUGGGGUUCCAAAUCGAGUCCCCGAUUCCUUAGCAUACUUGCUUCCAAUUUCCCUUCCUCCCCUCCUUAUCCGGUGCUUUUUCUACCUACCCUGGGGUGGGACUGAAAAGGGAAGCUGGCUUCUGCUGCUUUGUCCCAGUAACCAUACCCUCCGGUCGGAGUGGUGGGUGGUGGAUAAACCUGUCCAGCCAGGAGACCACUUGCCUGGUCUGGACAGAACCCCUUCGACCCUCUUCCCAGCCUGGCUCCCAUGUCAGGGACUUCCUGAGUUAGUUGCUGCCUUGUCGGCUUCCAGAAGAACCCCUUGUUUGCAGAGUAAGGGGGGAGGGAUGGUGUGGAGCUGGGAGUGGGGAACAAAAAUCUCAAUGUUCCAUGCAGGAGCCCCAAAGGAGCUGGAGGUAGUUUGCAUUGAAAUGGGGCUGCCUGGGUGGGCAGUAGGAAGAGGAAGUCUUGACAGGGGAAUCCCUUUCGGCCACACAGUUUACAAGCCCAGAACCAUGUCUGUUUGUGUGUCUCUUAAGGGGAAAGUCUGAUUUUUAUACCAAAGAGGAAAUGAUUUUUUUUUGUAUUUGGUUUGUCUAUAUUAUAUAAAUGCAUAUAUAUAUAUAUAUAGCUAUAUAUAUAUUAUUUUUUUUGUUCUCUCUCAUUUUUUUAGGGAGGGAGGAAAGUACCACGUUGCAUUGAGCUGUAAUUAAGGAACAUUCUGUAUAAUUUAUGACAUUUCUAUAAUUGCAAAAAUUAUAUCAUUUUAUGGAUAUAAAAGAAAAAUACCUUUUUAUAAAAUUCCAAUUUCUGA